AUGUUGAGAGCUUUGAGUACCAGGAGAUGCCCUCACAGGUACAAGUUCCUCGCGGAGGAUCCUACCAUUAGCUUGUUGGAAGGAAAGCUGAGGAGGGCAACCAGUUUGCCAACCAUAGUACUUGGUUCUGGAUCGAGGAAAUCGGCCUUUGACAUUACAGUCCCCGAGUUUGCUCAAGCAAAACAGAAGCAGUCAAAGAGAGCUAACAAAGGAGGACACCCUAUUUUCAGUUUCUUUGAUUUUCGCCGCAAGAGGAAGUCGACAGCCAGGCCUGAAUUUGCAAGGUAUCUAGAGUAUUUGAAGGAAGGAGGACUAUGGGAUUUGAAAGCAAAUGCUCCUGUCAUCUACUUUAAAUGAUUUAAUUCAUAUUUGUUUGUUCUUCUUCCACUUAUAUACAUGUCAAUGGAAAGAUAUUUGGUUUUAAGUUGUAAAAGGAAGAUUGAAAUUAUCAGCAAUCUUCUAUCCGAAUUCUUCCACCCCUUAGAAUAUAUUACAAAGCUUUGAGGUUAAAGAUCGAGUUGCCUCUGAUCUUACCCUUAUAAAUAAAAAUGAUUUGUUUCUUGA